AUGGCUCCUCUCCGCCACUUGCUACCCGCUUUGACACUGGGCUCGGUGGCUCAUUCUGCGGUACUUGCGCAGGACCAAUUCCAGAAGAGAUGUGAGAGCUUCGCAGACGAGAUCGAUACCCCGAAUGUCAAGGUGAACAUUGUCAGCUAUGUCUCGGGCAGCACGAACCUGACGUUGGAUAAUGUUGCGACUUGCGAUCAAUCCGUCGCCGUUUCGUCGGAUGUAUGCCGAGUAGCGAUGGCUGUUACGACGUCCAAUGCGAGCGAGAUUACACUCGAGGCUUGGUUUCCGCGGGAUUAUGCUGGUCGCUUCAUCAGCACUGGCAAUGGAGGACUUGGUGGCUGCAUCCAAUACUCCGACCUCUCCUAUACCUCCGGUCUGGGGUUCGCAACCGUUGGUGCGAACAACGGUCACAACGGAACAUCAGGAGAACCAUUUUACAAGGCGCCUGAGGUGCUGGAGGACUUUGUUUACCGAUCUGUCCACACGGGGAUUGUUGUCGGAAAGCAGCUCACGGAUCUCUUCUACGACGAGGGCUAUGACAAGUCUUACUACCUUGGCUGCUCAACAGGAGGACGACAAGGGUUUAAGCUUGCGCAGGAUUUUCCCGGCGAGCUCGACGGCAUCGUCGCAGGUGCGCCGGCAAUCAACUUCGUGGGCUUGCUGUCCUGGAGUGCGCACUUCUACCCUAUAACCGGGCCUGUUGGGUCAGCUACAUAUCUGUCGCUAGACGAGUGGGACUUGGUCCACGAAGAAGUUCUCCGACAGUGCGACGGCCUGGACGGAGCGGAAGACGGAAUCAUUGAGGACACUGACCUCUGCCAUCCGAACGCUACAACCCUUCUUUGCAGUCCAGGCGAGGCGUCAGAUUCCUGCCUCACAGCGGCCCAGGUCAACACAGUCCACGAAAUCUACGCACCGCUUCUCAGCUCAAAUGGCACCCUCAUCUACCCACGCAUGCAACCCGGUGGCGAACAAUACGCCGCGCCGGCCAUGUACAACGGCCAGCCGUUCCCGUACAGCAAAGACUGGUGGCGCUACGUCGUCUACAGCGAUCCCAAUUGGAACGCGACCAAGUGGACCGUCAAAGACGCCGAGGCCGCCCUGCGCCAGAAUCCGUACAACAUCCAGACCUGGAACGCAGAUCUCUCGCCGCUCCGCGACGCAGGAAGCAAGCUGCUCACGUACCACGGGCUGCAAGACCAGCUGAUCAGCUCGGACGACUCAAAGCUCUACUACCACCGUCUUCUGGAAACCAUGGGCGCCACAUCAAGCCAACUCGAUGAGUUCUACCGGUUCUUCCAGAUCAGCGGGAUGGCGCACUGCCAGAGCGGCGACGGGGCGUACGGCAUUGGAAACCGGGCGGUCUCAGAUUACAGCACUGAUCCCGAGGACAAUGUGCUUAUGGCGAUGGUCAGAUGGGUGGAGGAGGGUGUUCCUCCGGAGACGAUCCGGGGUGCGAAGUUCUCUGAUGGUGUUGGGUCGGAGAUCGAGUACUACCGCAAGCACUGCCGGUACCCUCGCAGGAAUGUGUACAAGGGGCCGGGUAACUAUACCGAUGAGAAUGCGUGGGAGUGCAUUUAG